AUGUUUCCACCUGAUACGUGCAGAGGGUUGGUCAAGUGUGGUGAGGAGUUUUGCCUUCGCACCAGCAUUCAUGGCUUCAACCACAUCGCGAUACCGAAGAGGCAUUGGACGGAAAGGGUUCUGUGGCUAUUUGUAACGGCAAUCGCCACGUGGGGCGUCGUGGAGGUGUCCUUGGGGCAGUUCCAGCGCUACUCCGAGAACCCGACCGUGGUCACCCUGGAGAAGGAUUUCCGUUCCUGGCGCUUCGCUUUGCCUGGUGUGACGAUAUGCGACCAGGAUAGAAUCGAUCCCUCCAAGCUGCCUGCCGCAAUAAAAAGACACUGGCGGGUGGAUCCAGCUGACGAGAGGUACGCGUACUAUGGUCGUUUCGUGAACGCGGUCGCCAACUCGGACCUGUUCCACCUGGAGGCUUACCAGGAGUUCAUGGAAGACGAGCAGUUGAAUGUGGACCUGUAUCAGCUGGCCGUCGAGGUGAUGCCCGAUAACCAGGUCAAGACGACCUGGUCCGGUGAGAUGGGCGCACAGUGGGUGCCCGUGAUGACGGAAGCCGGUGCCUGCUUCGCCAUCAACUCCGUCGCGUUAGCCGACGUCGCUAUUUCUUCGUUAGUUAACGACACCGCAACGCUGCCACUGACCUGCAGAUACUCCUCUCACAGCUGCUACGUAAUGUUCGAGUCGUCGAAACCCGUGGACAUAUACAUCCACUCGCCGUACGACGCGGUGGACAUAACGGGCGAGGUGUCACGUGUGUUCCUCACUCUCAACCGGGCGACGGAGCUGAGCGUGAUGGAGAGCCGCAGCGGGCGGGAGGUUCGCUCCCUCCGCCCGCACCGGCGCCGCUGCCUUUACAGCGACGAGCCCGCCAUAGAUGGCAGGAGGUUUCCAGGUAUACAGCACGAACACAUGCCGCCUUUCGUGCCGGAGUCGAUUGGCGGUCCGCCUCUGCGGCUGCAGACCCUUCUACUACUUCUACGCAGGUAUGCCACUUGGUUCUCUGCUGCAGCUCAGAAACAAACUCCUUGCUCCAACGAGCCCAAAAAUGCUGGCGCAGCUGCUCGAUCCUUUGGAACCGAGACAAUGAAGAGGCAGAGAAGUCCUGUAGCUCUUGCUGCGGAUGUGACUGAGCUUACGACCUUCUCGCACAAGCGAGCUCCUACUACGGCGCCACACAGUUCCAGUCGUGGAAUGGCGGUCGGCUUAAUCGGUGCCACCCUACUCUUAGCAAUUAACAGACGGAUCAUGUUCAUUGAAACUACGCACAUAGACGCACGCGCCAUACGCACGCUCAGAUGCGUAACAGGGCCAGAAACGAUCCAGCCUAACACCGUUUCACACAACACCGGCUUACCUAUACCUAAUCUAAUUGUCUGCGAGCCAACCAAGUCCCAGAAGAGAUCAGCACCAAUUAAAAUAUCUACUUCCGAAGAGGGGCGACAAUGUGGCCCGGCUGGCAUGCAGUGCCUGGCAUCGUAUGCCAACCAGUUGGCCAACUUUGGCGGCGUAAAGUGCCCAUGCAGUCAGCAGUGCGUGGACGCGGUGUUUAGGGAGGUCUCCAUCGUGGAUCAGCUUUGGGAUCGAGGGCCGUUCCAGAACCGCGGUUCGGUGCGGUUCACAGUGCAGCCGCCGCGCACCAGAUACACGAGGGAGAUCGUCUUCCACUUCGAGGACUUGGUCGUAUCCUUCGGCGGCGCAGCGGGUCUCUUCCUGGGUGCCAGCUUCAUCAGCUUCGUGGAGAUUGUCUAUUUUAUUCUCGAGAAAUUGAUCCAAAAACUUCAGCCCAACAACAAUAAGGAACAAGUGAUUAUGAUCAACCAAGGUGCGACACCGUUUGAAAGGGAACGCAUUGAAGAGUUAGCACGGAUCCUAGAGGGAAGGAGAUUC